AAUUGCAGUGCGCACACACUUCCUGAUGGAGCUGCUCCUUCGGAGAAUAAAAAUACACUCCUAGCAAGCCAGCUAGUCGAGUUAUGAAAAAGUUAUGUUUUGCUAUCAAGAGGGUAGAAAAAGAAUAUUUUUAGAAAUGGACGUUAUUCUUCGGGUUUUCGUACAUGAAUAGUAGGAAAUAUCCCCAUGUCCAGAGAGCCGGCACUGGUGACAAGUCAACUGCGAAGGUGAGUUACUAGCUAACGCUAGCUAGUAAUGUCUCUAUCGUUACCAUCCGCCGAUAUGCUUGAAACACCUCCUGGAUACCCGUUUGAAGAAAUCAAUUAUGAGGACAUUGAAGUUGAGGAGGUGGUGGGGAGAGGAGCUUUUGGAGUUGUUUGCAAAGCCAAAUGGAAAGGCAAAGAUGUUGCAAUCAAGACUAUUGAGAGUGAAUCGGAGAGGAAAGCAUUUAUUGUUGAGCUCCGGCAGCUUUCACGAGUUAACCACCCCAACAUUGUGAAGUUGUAUGGUUCUUGCAAUAGUCCAGUCUGCCUUGUGAUGGAAUAUGCUGAAGGCGGGUCACUGUAUAAUGUGCUGCAUGGUGCUGAACCCCUCCCCUAUUACACUGCUUCCCAUGCCAUGAGCUGGUGUUUACAGUGUUCCCAAGGCGUGGCCUAUCUCCAUGGCAUGAAACCAAAGGCUCUCAUUCACAGGGACCUCAAGCCACCCAAUCUGCUUCUAGUGGCAGGUGGCACCGUGCUGAAGAUAUGUGACUUUGGAACGGCUUGCGACAUCCAGACCCACAUGACCAACAACAAAGGAAGUGCAGCAUGGAUGGCCCCGGAGGUAUUUGAAGGCAACAAUUACAGCGAGAAGUGCGAUGUGUUCAGCUGGGGGAUCAUUCUCUGGGAGGUGAUCACUCGCAGGAAGCCCUUUGAUGAAAUUGGAGGACCAGCUUUUCGCAUCAUGUGGGCUGUGCACAACGGUACAAGACCUCCUUUAAUCAAAAAUUUGCCCAAGCCCAUUGAGAGUCUGAUGACUCGCUGCUGGUCUAAAGACCCCUCUCAGCGGCCUUCCAUGGAGGAGAUAGUGAAGAUCAUGACUCAUCUAAUGAGGUACUUUCCAGGAUUUGAUGAACCCCUGCAAUAUCCCUACCAGUAUUCAGACGAUGGACAGAGCAACUCUGCAACUAGUACAGGUUCAUAUGUGGACUACACUGGCACCAGCACAAGCAACAAAAGUGAUGCAAACAUGGAGCACAGUGACUCUCAAGGGAGCAAUGACACUAUCAAGAUUACCCCUCAGUUUGCACCUCAUUUUAAGCCAAAGGGAGACCCGUUGAGGACUCUGCCCCUGUCCAGAGGGGGCAGCGUUGAGAGUCUGCCUGCUCGGACGCAGUGCCUUGCGUCAUCUGACAGCAAACGAAUGAGUGCUGACCUGUCAGAGCUGGAGCCCAAGAUGCCGUUUGCACCUGCAGCACGCCCACAGUAUAAACGAGGCCACCGUAAAACCGCAUCAUUCGGCACCAUUCUGGAUGUCCCCAAGAUCGUCGUCACAGCCUCAUGCGAGACUCAGAGACGUCGCUCCGUGCAGGAUCUUCCAGGCGUCAGCACAGAGUCCAGCCAGGGGAGCAGGAACAGCAGCCGGUCCUCCAGUCCCAGUGUGAGGAUGAUGCCAACGGAUAAGACGAGCAGCAGAGGCUACUUCUCCCCCGACGACCCCACAGACACCAACGGCUCAGACAAUUCCAUUCCCAUGGCUUAUCUCACCCUGGAUCACCAACUACAGCCCCUCGCUCCCUGUCCCAACUCCAAAGAGUCCAUGGCCGUGUUUGAGCAGCACUGUAAGAUGGCCCAGGAAUAUCUGAAAGUGCAAACAGAGAUCGCCCUGCUGAUCCAGAGAAAGAAGGAGCUCAUUGCUGAACUGGACCAAGAUGAGAAGGACCAGCAGAACACAUCGCGUCUGGUGCAGGAGCACAAGAAGCUGCUGGAGGAGAACAAGAGUCUGUCCACGUACUACCAGAAGUGCAAAAAACAGCUGGAGCUGAUCCGGGUCCAGCAACAGAAGAGACAGGGCACUUCAUGAUGAGACACAGACAUAUGAGCCACUACCAUCCCUCCCCUCCCCCCCGCCUCCCCUCCAUACCCCUGCACUAUAACACUACCCACUCUCGUGCUCUGCACACACACACACACACACGCACGCACGCACGCACACA